CCCCGCGAGGAGGGGUCCUGAAACGGCCCCAGGGACGAGCAGUGAUUGGCUGCAGCUGGCGGCUGGAGCUCUGCUCCAGCGGCGCUUGACAACCGCAGUCUGCGGAGCUGAGCGGUCGGAGGCGGGCUAGGGGCGGACGCGACGAGGACCGGCUGGCGAGCUGAUGGAUUGACGUGCGGGCUGCUCAGCCCAGACCGCCGCCCUCGCGCUCGCGCCUUAGCCGGGAAUUGGCUGUCCUGGGGCUCCGGCCGCCGGCCUCUCUGCCGCCUUUUCCUCCGCCGCUUCUGCCGGCUCCGCCCGGAGCCCUCAGGCUAGCAAUAUGACGGCAGAAGAAACAGUGAAUGUAAAGGAGGUUGAAAUCAUUAAGCUGAUUUUAGACUUCUUGAAUUCAAAGAAACUCCACAUUAGUAUGCUGGCCCUUGAGAAGGAAAGUGGAGUCAUAAAUGGCCUAUUUUCAGAUGAUAUGCUUUUCCUGAGGCAGUUAAUUCUGGAUGGCCAAUGGGAUGAAGUUCUUCAGUUCAUUCAACCUCUAGAAUGUAUGGAAAAGUUUGACAAAAAAAGGUUUCGUUAUAUUAUCCUCAAGCAGAAGUUUCUAGAAGCUUUGUGUGUUAACAAUGCAAUGUCUGCGGAAGAUGAGCCCCAGCAUGUAAGAUUUUUAUUCCUGAAGUUGGAAUUUACCAUGCAGGAAGCUGUCCAGUGUCUACAUGCUCUAGAGGAGUACUGCCCUUCUAAAGAUGAUUACAGCAAGCUCUGUCUGCUUCUCACUUUGCCUCGUCUGACCAAUCAUGCUGAAUUUAAGGACUGGAAUCCCAGCACUGCACGAGUUCAUUGCUUUGAAGAGGUCUGUGUCAUGGUUGCAGAGUUCAUCCCUGCCGACAGGAAGCUAAGUGAGGCUGGUUUUAAAGCAAGUAACAAUCGCUUAUUCCAACUCGUAAUGAAGGGCUUACUUUAUGAAUGCUGUGUAGAAUUUUGUCAGAGUAAAGCAACUGGUGAAGAAAUUACAGAAAGUGAAGUGCUUCUUGGCAUUGACCUCUUAUGUGGCAACGGUUGUGAUGAUUUAGAUCUGAGUUUACUGUCUUGGCUUCAGAAUCUCCCUUCUUCAGUCUUUUCUUGUGCAUUUGAACAGAAAAUGCUGAAUAUUCAUGUUGACAAACUCCUGAAGCCUACAAAAGCUGCAUAUGCUGAUCUCUUGACUCCUCUUAUCAGCAAACUUUCUCCUUACCCAUCCUCACCAAUGAGAAGACCUCAGUCAGCUGAUGCCUAUAUGACUCGUUCCCUGAACCCUGCUUUAGAUGGUCUCACAUGUGGAUUAACCAGCCAUGAUAAGAGAAUCUCAGAUCUUGGGAACAAAACUUCUCCAAUGUCACACUCCUUUGCUAACUUCCAUUACCCAGGAGUACAAAACCUUAGCAGAAGUCUCAUGCUUGAGAAUACGGAAUGUCACAGUAUCUAUGAAGAAUCUCCUGAACGAAGUGAUACACCUGUUGAGCCCCAGCAGCCUGUCAGCAGUGAACCCACGUGCCAGGGUUCAGGCUUUGAAAAGGAACCUGCAAAUGGAACACAGAAUCCAGUACCGGCUAAACAAGAAAAAAAUGAGCUUCGAGAUUCCACGGAACAAUUUCAAGAAUAUUAUAGGCAAAGAUUACGCUAUCAGCAGCAUUUAGAACAGAAGGAGCAACAGCGGCAGAUAUACCAGCAGAUGUUACUUGAAGGAGGUGUGAACCAGGAGGAUGGUCCUGAUCAGCAGCAGAAUCUCACGGAACAGUUUCUUAAUAGGUCUAUUCAAAAGCUUGGAGAAUUAAAUAUUGGAAUGGAUAGUCUUGGCAAUGAGGUGCCAGUACUCAACCAACAAUGCACUGGGAACAAAAACAGUGGAUCAAAUAGUUCUUCUGUGACUGGUUUUAGUACGCCACCCCAAGAUUCCAGUCAGAGGCUAAUACACGAUACUUCAAACAUUCACACAAGCACGCCUCGUAACCCUGGAUCAACAAAUCUCAUCCCGUUUCUUGAAGAAUCACCUUGUGGAAGCCAGAACUCAUCAGAACAUUCUGUCAUUAAGCCAUCUCUUGGAGAUUCUUCAGGGAAUCUAUCAAGAUCAAAAGGGGAAGAGGAUGACAAAUCAAAAAAACAGUUUGUUUGUAUUAAUACUCUAGAAGACACACAAGCUGUUAGAGCAGUGGCUUUUCACCCAAGUGGUAGUUUAUAUGCUGUUGGUUCAAAUUCAAAAACUUUAAGAGUAUGCGCUUAUCCUGACAAAAUUGACCCAAGUGCACAUGACGUGCCUAAGCAGCCAGUGGUACGAUUUAAAAGAAACAAACAUCAUAAAGGAUCCAUUUAUUGUGUGGCGUGGAGUCCUUGUGGACAGUUAUUAGCUACGGGGUCAAAUGACAAGUAUGUGAAAGUGCUGCCCUUCAAUGCCGAGACUUGUAAUGCAACAGUUUCAGGACCAGAUCUGGAAUUUAGCAUGCAUGAUGGGACAAUCCGAGAUUUGGCAUUUAUGGAAGGCCCAGAGAGUGGUGGAGCUAUCUUAAUAAGUGCUGGGGCAGGAGACUGUAACAUUUACACAACAGACUGUCAAAGAGGACAGGGUCUUCAUGCUUUGAGUGGACACACUGGGCAUAUUUUAGCACUUUAUACCUGGAGUGGCUGGAUGAUUGCAUCUGGUUCCCAGGAUAAGACUGUUAGAUUCUGGGAUCUUCGAGUACCAAGCUGUGUUCGUGUGGUUGGCACAACAUUCCAUGGAACUGGCAGUGCGGUGGCAUCUGUGGCCGUGGAUCCCAGUGGCCGUCUCUUAGCCACUGGUCAAGAAGACUCUAGCUGCAUGCUGUAUGACAUAAGAGGAGGCAGAAUGGUCCAGAGCUACCACCCGCAUUCCAGUGAUGUGCGCUCUGUUCGCUUCUCUCCUGGAGCUCACUACUUGUUAACAGGCUCUUACGAUAUGAAAAUAAAGGUGACAGACCUACAAGGGGACCUCACCAAGCAGCUCCCUCUCAUGGUGGUGGGGGAGCACAAGGACAAAGUGAUUCAGUGCCGAUGGCACACCCAGGACCUUUCCUUCCUGUCGUCUUCUGCGGACAGAACUGUGACCCUCUGGACUUACAGUGGCUAGAGUCCACCCCAUGAAGGUCUAUGCAGCGCAAGCACAGAGACUCGAGACUACUGAAUUGUGAGGACUACAGACCUGAAGGACGCUGCAGACAGACUUUAGCACAAGGAAGCCCCUGUUACCAUGUCCUAUGAACAGAAGGUGUUGGGUGGUGGUUUUCAGUCUUCCAUGUGUGUUCAUGCUGCUGUGUAGUCUCCUUGCCAAAGUCUGUAGAAGAGCUCUUAUGUUGGUGUGCACGCCAAGUCAAGGUACAGGAUGUAUUCAUGGUUUAUUAUUAAAUACGCUUCUCGGGUUUUGCCCAGGAAACAGUUUUAUACACACACUGACACGGAAUUAAUAUUUAAGUAACUGUUACAUAUAAUACAGCCAAGUUCUCCCCAGAUGAAACAUAGGUGUUCAGAAAUUACUUUGCUCUUGUCACAAUCCCAUAUUGUAUCACGUGUCUUCUAGAGAUCAGAAUUCGGUAAGUCUUUCAAAUUUUUCAUGAUUGUCUUUACAUAGGGAUCAUUUUUAGAGCUCACGGAUGAAGGGAAAACUGCUUCUCGCUCAUUCUGCAGCAGCCUUUUCUUUUCCUUAAUCCAGGGUGUGGUUGCUAAUUUGUCACAUUACUUUGUUUUGGACUAAAAAGUAACUAUUUUGCUUUGGGAACUUGUUGAUUUCAAUUUUUUGAAUGCACAAGAUACCUCCCUUCCAAAAGAUACUGUAGAAGCAGAGCAGCCGCAGUUAAGUGGAACAAUAUCUGAUGGUAGGGUAUAUUUACUGGGUAGCAUUUUCCUCUUAAAAAUUAAAGACUUUGCCAUGACCCUAGCAUGGCUUGAAAAACUGUCUGCAUGGUAAUUUAAAAUGGAAAACUGAAACUUUGCACUCCAGAAACUUAUUUGGAUUUUUCUUGCACAGUUUUGUGUAAUGAAGAAUAAUGAUUUUAUUUGUACAGUACUAUAGAUACUAACAUUGUAUGUAUCUUUAUUUUCAUAUUGUCCAGUAUUUUACUUUAAGUUAUUAAAUAGGCUAUUUUAUUUAUUUCAGCUGCAGUUGUAUUGACCUGUCUGUUCACUAUAUGUAGCAAGCAUUUUAAAUCUAUAGUCCACAGUGGGAAGGGUAGUAGAAGUGUAACUGUGCUUUUAUUUCAAUAAAGACCUCUUGACACCUAA